GAGAAGCCAUUAAGGGGGGGAAAGGAACAUGGAUUCUUGCCGAGAACCUCAAGUUUUGCAACCCCAACUUCUCCAGUUCCACAAUGGUUUCUGGUAACUUGUCUGUUUGGGUGAUUUUACUCGUACCUCUCGCCUUCUGGGCAUCUGAGAGUCUUCAGAUGGCAUCCCCAGGCACUGCGGAGCCCGCAAGCAAACGUAUCCCGGAGCAACUUCCCCUCCAAACCUUCCAAAGUGUUCUGUUGAAACGGCUGGGCUUGCAAAGGCGCCCAGACCCCAAACCCAAAUUGCUGGUCCCCCAGUACCUGCUGGAUUUAUACCGUUUUUCCUUGAGGCGGCUUCCAGCCUCUCCAAAGGACACCGAGCAACCCUUCCUGGAGGCUCGAGCGGCGACAGCCAACACCGUGCGCACCUUCCAUCAUGUUGAGGAUUCGGCGCAUGUCUCUGAAGGCGCAGGAAAUUCGUUCUACUUCCUGUUCAACCUCACCGUGCUGCCUUCGGAGGAGGAGCUGACUGCCCUUGAGCUGCGCCUCUACCACUCCCCUAAGGAAAGUCAGGGCUUAUAUAUCCACGUUUACCAUGCUGUGGAUCCCCCACCGGUGUCCCCAAACAAAAGCCAGCUCCUCACGUGCAAAUUUGUGACGCCCAGCCAGCCCAAAUGGGUGAGUUUUGAUGUGACGGCUGCUUUCCAGGAAGCAAGAGAACGGAAGCAUAACCUGGGGCUUCUGGUCGAGGUGCAGCCUUCGAACCGCAGCCGCGAUCUUCCGUGCCAGCAGACUUCCCUCCGGGCAAGACGCUCUCCUGGCCAAGAGGAGGCUCAGUGGGCUCUUGAAAGACCUUUACUGGUCACCUACAGCCAUGACCAAAGAGGGCAACCUCUGACCCACCGAAAAAGGCAAAGCAGAAGCCACCCUGUUACAGGCAGGGGAGCGACUAAAGUCCCGGCCUCUGCCAGGAAGCACAAGCACCUGAGGCCGAAGGUGAAAAGCAGCACCGGGUGCAGAAGGCACCGCCUGUUUGUGGAUUUCAAGGCGGUGGGGUGGAACGACUGGAUCAUUGCUCCCAGUGGCUACCAUGCUUUCUACUGCGCGGGGGACUGUCGCUUCCCGCUGGCCGACCACAUGAACUCUUCCAGUCAUGCUGUGGUGCAGACCAUCCUGAACUCGGUGAACGCCAAAGUGCCCAAGGCGUGCUGUGUCCCCACAGAGCUCAGCCCCAUUGCUAUGCUUUACCUAGACCAGAACGAUAUGGUUGUCCUCAAGACCUAUCAAGACAUGGUGGUGGAGGGAUGCGGGUGCCGCUAGAAGCCAAAGUGCACAGGAUGGUCUUUCCUCAGUAUUAGAAACUAGGGGAGUCUCUCAGUAAAAGUGACGGACAAUAAAGUUGGGCCUGUCAAAGGCAUUUCAUGUAUUGUUGCAAAAGGUCAGUACAAAAUCACCGCAGGCAAGGAGCUAAACAGGAUCUUCCCCUGCGGAAUUAAUUUAUUCCCAAAGAUCAGCAAUAGCUCAAGGCUUUUACAAGGAUAUCUUCCCACGGGGGCCACAUUCUGCAGGACCCUGUUGAAAACAGGACGGUUGUUGUGAUUAAUCUCAUGGGUGAGCAAUUAAUCAUUUUUGCCUGCCACCUUUUAAUGCAACAAUCGAUCAACAAUCACUCUGAAUAUAAUGUCACUUUCAACUAGCAGGGACUAUGGGAGCUGGAGCACAAAACAACUGGGAUGCAUGAAAUUACCUGCUCCUUAUUAACGAGUAUCUAGAUAUUCUUACAGACAUGACAGCCAUCAGAUGAACAAUACAUGAAAUAUUUAUCAAGCCUAUCACAAUAAGAGCCCAGGCCAAAAUUAAAACAAGACAGACAUGCUGAAACUAAGAGCAUAACUAAAACAUAACUAAAGAGAAAGAUAUCCAUGAAAUGAUCAUUCGAUAAUACUUUGUUUUCUGUAUUUACACCCGUUUUGUAGCUUUGGGUAAUUUCUCCAGUCAAAAUGUUGUUUUAAUCAGAAUUAUGAAGGCAAAUAUUUGGCACAUAAGUUUCUUAAGCGGUAGAACAAUCCAGUCUUUCAACUGCAUGCAGCUUUUUACCCAUCAUUUUGGCUGCAAUCUCAUGGGGCCUUAGAAGGUGGCACAGAAUGAUGGGUUUCCCCAGAUCAUUACUCUCUGGUCAGAAAGGGAAUGGAAUCUAACACAAAGAGUCUUCUUGAACCCAUCAUAACAUUAUCAUAACAUCAGGGUCUCUGACUGUUGUAGGAAAUUUGAGGAAACCCAAAAUGCUUGGGCAACUGUGCUACGAACUAGAGAGGUCCAACUGCCACCUCUGUGGGUUCGUAACACGUUGUCCAGGAAUAGUGAAUUUCCUCAGAUUUGAUACUGAGGGAACAUCAAAAUUUGAACACACAACAAUCUGGUAUCUAACCUAGCGAAUCAAAAGCACUCUGAGACAUCCCAUUAAACCAAACAGCCACAGUCUAGUUCCUAACUGGUCAUUACUGACCAUUACCUAAGUGGGGUGAACCCAGCCACAUGUGUCUUAUACAAUGCACAUAAUCCAGAUGGAGGCUACAUCCCACGUGGCAAUAAACAAGCCUGGUU